AGCUAAUUAGAUUAAAAUUAAUAAAAAUUACAAACAGAGCACUGAUUUUCUGAUUGACUGUUUUAUUUUCAAGAAGCAUUUGUGAAUUAUAAAUUCCAUUUGUUUGAAUUUAAAGUUUUCGAUGAAUAAUUAUGUGUCUAGUGUUUAUAUGUUGGUAUUUGCCUUGUUUAUAGAAUAUUGAAGUGAAAGAAAAUGGAUAGUUUUCAGUCGAAGAAACAGAAAACUGAGGAUCUCGAGGUAACUGGAGUUUCCAGAAGUGGAAGGGUAAGAAAAAAGUCGUCCAAGUUGAUGGACUUUGAAUCCCCCGACGAAAUUGAAAGAUCUUUCAAUAAACGGCCGCCGAACCAAUCAAAAAAAAUCGAGAGUCAUGAAUCCACACCCAGGAAACAAAAACAUGAUGAGGUGUAUUCCAAAGAAGACAACUAUGAAAACUACGAUAUGGAAGAGAGUGGUUCAGAGUACAACAGCGAAUAUGAACCAACAGCAAACACAACGGAGUCUAGCAUUGACGACUCGGUCGAGUCAGAUAGCGACUUUGAAAACGAAGGCGGUGGAUUUAGACGACUCGAUGCCGGAUCGUCCAAAAAAAAACUUGUCAUCAAAGACGGGAAAAUAAUAAAAGCAGAAAAACUCAAAGGAAAAGACAAAGAACAAUUCGCGAAUUUCAACAAAUCUCUGUCGGCAAAGGCUCCUCUCAAACCUAGCCCGAACAAGAAACCCCCGAUCAGCAAAACAUCUCCGGUUUCUUUGGCUCCUUUCCAAAUGGGUAUUGGGAACUAUGAAAAUAUCAAUAUAUCUCCUCCAAGCCCUAGAGGGAAAGACUCCCCUUUCAGAGUUGGCGGAGUGAAACCUAUAGAUGUGGCUGCGCACCUCAAACUUCUGGGAGAGAGUUUGACUAUCAUUGGGGAACGGCUGAAGGAGCAUGAGGGACAAAUUGCAGUGUCGGGAAGUCUAUCUGUCCUCUUGGAUUCCCUGCUCUGCGCCCUAGGCCCCCUCUUGUGCCUCACCCAACAAAUACCGGAGCUGCAGGAGAAUUGCUGUACCCCAGAGGAGUUGAUGAGCACCCUCGACAACGUAGCUUUCAUAAUGCCUGGACUUUGAACUGACACUCAUCAAAUCUUAGGUGUAUAUUUCGUUAUAGAAACUUACCUGCCAUUCAGUUUGGGAUCAGUAAAUAUCUUUGAACAAUUUAAUAAGUUUGCGAAUAAAAUUCUGUAUUGUAUUC